AUGACAAUAUCGGAGCAUUCACUGCCUAAAGAUUCAGCCGAUCUUCUGUGGAGAAAUGAAACACUCUCGUACCUUCCUUCCCAUCUACAUUUGUCCAGUGUGCAGGACACGGAGGACACUCUGGUCAGUUACGAAGCUCGAAGACUGUUUCUCUGGAUUGGUAUCGCAGUUGUUUGUCAGGUGAUAGACAUUUUUGGGACGGUGACCAACAUCAUCAACAUCAUCUGUUUUGUCCAGCAAGGCUUCAAAGACCCAGUCAACGUCAGUCUUUUAG